AUUAAAGCCUAUAAAGAAGUUCGAAAAGGCCAAAACCCCUUUAACCAAGACCCAAUACUCUUCUCUUCUGCAUCCAGAUAUACCAAACCAUUCCUUACUGCCCUUGUUUUCAGCAAUAACCAAUUCCAAGAAACUACCAAACAAAAACCCUUGCGACACAAAAACCAUUCAACAAUCACGUGAGCUCUUAAUAAAAAACGAAUUUCAUUUCACAUCCUCAAAUGGCUUUACUCACAAAACCCUUUUCUCUUCUUUCUCUUUCUAUGCUUUUCAUAAUAUUGUUCGUGGUUUUUAGUUAUCCCACAACUGCUGCAGACACCACCACCUUGAUUUUCAAAGGAUGUGCAGCCCAGAAAUUUCAAGACUCAUCAGAGGUUUACUCUCAAAACCUGAAAACACUCUUGUCCUCUUUGGUUUCACAGUCAUCACAACAAACUUUUGCUACCACAAAUUCUGGUGACGGCCAAAAUUCCAUCAUGGGACUCUACCAAUGCAGAGGAGACCUCACUGUCACUCAGUGCAACAUAUGUGUGAGCAAAAUCUCAGACAUGGUUGACAAACUCUGUGGGAAAUCCAUAGCAGCUCGGAUUCAACUCAGUGGGUGCUACCUUAGGUAUGAAAUCAUUGGGUUCGAGCAAGUAUCAGAGACAGAGUUGAUAUAUAAGGUUUGUGGGUCGACUCAGGCGAGUGAGCCAGGGUUUGAUAACAAAAGAGACAUGGCCUUCAGUGUGUUAACGAAUGGGAUAAAAAAUAGCGGGCUGUUUUACACAGGGAAGUACGAAGAAGUGUAUGUAUUAGGGCAGUGUGAAGGCGAUCUGGCGAGUAGUGAUUGUGGGGAUUGUGUGAAGAGUGCUGUAGAAAGAGCUAAAAAUGAGUGUGGCGACUCGAUUUCAGGGCAGAUUUACCUCCAUAAAUGUUACAUUAGCUAUAGCUACUACCCGAAUGGUGUGCCUAACACUCCUUCAUCACCAUUAUCAGGUGGAGGAGGUAGCAAGCAACAUACACAGAGGACGGUGGCGAUUGCAGUGGGAGGAGUGGCAGCCUUGGGAUUUGGAAUUGCUCUUUUGAUGUUCGUUAAGUCCUUGGUGAAGAAACGUGGUGGUAAGCAGUAUGAAUGAGAGGGAUUCAGUCUGAUCAGGGCUCAAACUUUACUACUUCAAUUUCCUAGUAUUUGCCUUCUUGCUGAAGAUAUUCUAGAUAGAUUGUAUAGUUUCUACAAUUAAAGAUUAAAAGGGUUUCCAUUUUGAAGAUGUACUAGUCUAAUUUUGCGGAAAGAACUUUUGAUAUAUUAAAAAAAAAAAAAGAGCAAAAAUUAAAGAAAAGAGACAAUUAUACGGCAAAAAGUUGAGGGUCUCUGUCUCACCACACUACUGUGCUAGCUUUGGUUUUGGUGCAUUGCAAUUUGCUUUAGAAUAGAGAAAUGGGCUGGCUGGCUGGCUCUCCACAAUCCCGAGACACUUUCAGUUACCACUUUUUGGCUCAUCCACUUUGCAUGAACACCUACUAAACCAUGUGAGUUCACUAUUUUAUGGAUCACGUUAGUGUAAAGUUUUUGGCUGGCUAAUACCUGCAAGUUCGGCCAAGUCUCUGUAUAGAUAGAAAUAUCUAUCCCUGUCUUUCUAUCUAUGUUUUUGAGGUAUUAUUUGGGGGGGAAAAAAUAAUUGUCAUUAUUUAUCCCAUUUUAUAAUCCAAUCAAGCAAAUUUCUUUAUCA